CUCGCGGUGACGAUAGUCCAUGUCGAGGCUCAUAUCUGUUCAACAAUUCCUGCAAAUACACAGACCGUCGGGACUUGUCCAAGCAAACCACACAGCUGCUUAAUUGAAUCCCGCAGCAUAUCAGCCAAGAGAAUAGCGCCCACCCGAUUCCUCCAGCAGCUACCCUCGUCGAGGUAGAUCUUCAGAUCUAUAUCUAAAAGAUGUCUGCGCUAUUCAAUUUCCAAUCUUUACUUCUUGUUAUUCUGUUGAUAAUCUGCACGGCGACGUACGCACACCAAGUCGUCCCCGCCAUGAUGAAUCGAAAUCGGCACGGUUUUCUUGGCGUGUUCUGGAAAGCUGCGAGGAUAGGAGAGCGGUUAAGUCCGUAUGUGUCAAUCUGCUGUGUGAUCAUGGCGUUUUCCUUAUUUACACAGUAAACUCCCAUUUGAUUACUUUUACCCAGAUAGGUGGAGUUACGGCCAUGAAGCGUCGGACGUCAAGAACAAGCUGCGGUCAUCAUGUAACUGGAUAACACGAGGGCUUCGUUUUCGGUUUUUUGUAUGAUUAUUAGAGUCUGUGAAGUCGAUUAUUCAUUUUCACGUUACAUAUUUGUGGACAGAGCUAUUGCAGAUGUUGCGCGGAUCAAAUGAAACAAAUAAUAU